AUGUCUGUGAAGAACAGAGGAGGAGAGCCGGUUUCGAAGAGUUUGGUGUCAUACAAAUGGACCCUUUUCCUUUGCCUUGCAAGUUUCUCAGUUGGGAUGUUCUUUACAGACAGAAUAUGGAUCGUGCCCGAAGGAAAAGGACUCGCAAGAACAACCGCGUUCGAAGCUGAGAGAUUAAAGCUAGUUUCGGAAGGUUGCGAUACGAAAUUCAAUAGUAUAAAAAGGAUGCCAAUGAAAAUCUUGCAGGAUGUAACCAAGACUCAGAACACUUUACAGACACUGGACAAGACCAUUUCGAACCUUGAGAUGGAAUUGGCCGCAGCAAAGGCAGCACAAGAGUCAAUUUUGAGUGGGGCCCCCACAUCCGAAGCUACUGAAUCUUCCGGAAGACGAAAAUAUUUCAUGGUAAUCGGGAUAAACACCGCAUUUAGCAGCCGUAAAAGAAGAGACUCGGUUCGUGCCACAUGGAUGCCACAAGGAGAAAAACGGAAAAAGCUCGAGAUGGAGAAAGGAAUCGUUGUUCGUUUUGUCAUUGGCCAUAGUGCAACAUUAGGAGGUAUACUGGAUAGAGCAAUUGAAGCUGAAGAUAAAAAACAUGGGGACAUUAUGAGACUGGAUCAUGUAGAAGGUUAUCUCGAGUUGUCUGCCAAGACAAGGACUUAUUUUGCAACUGCUGUGUCUUCAUGGGAUGCAGAGUACUAUGUCAAAGUCGAUGAUGAUGUCCAUGUAAAUAUAGCAACACUUGGAGAAACAUUAGCAAGACACCGUAAGAGCCCCCGGGUGUACAUAGGAUGUAUGAAAUCCGGUCCAGUUCUUUCUCAGAGGGGAGUUAGAUACCACGAACCCGAAUUCUGGAAAUUUGGCGAGCCGGGGAAUAAGUAUUUCCGCCAUGCCACAGGACAGUUGUAUGCCAUCUCGAAAGACUUGGCUUCUUAUAUCUCAGCAAACCAGCAUAUGCUGCACAAGUACGCUAAUGAGGAUGUCUCGCUCGGAUCUUGGUUUAUCGGGCUUGACGUUCGACACAUAGACGAUCGGAGAUUGUGUUGUGGGACCCCACCCGAUUGCGAGUGGAAAGCUCAGGCAGGCAACAUAUGCGUUGCCUCGUUCGAUUGGACCUGUAGUGGGAUAUGCAGAUCAGCCGAUAGGAUUAAAGAGGUCCAUCGACGGUGUGGUGAAAACGAGGAUGCUGUUUGGAAGGCUAAUUUCUGA